GCUGGGAGGGGUAUGGGCGUUGGGACAGACCUCCAGGUUUUGGGUGUCCAACAUCUGCAGAGGACCUGGAAAAGGCAUGUGUGAAGGGCAGAAGCUCCGUUUCCCCUGUUUUCUCCCACCCCCGAGGACCCUGCCUUCCUCAUAAUCCCAGCCCCCUGCACCCAGUUCCAUGUCUCCCAAUGCGGGCAGACUUGGAGUGAAUUCCCAGCAACCUGAGGCCUGUAGGAACGAGCAGGUCAGGUGGGGCAAGAGCAUAGUAUUGCAAAGAGGCCUCGAGAGACAAAGGGCUCCUUAAAGGUGUAUCGGGAGUUCCUUGGCACAGUAGCCAAGAUCUUUGAGCUUAAGGUUUCAGGGCGCUGUGAAGUGUGACGGUAUGCACAAGUGUGUGCAGAAGCAGGGUCCUUAGACCCAGGGCGGUAGGAGCAAGUAGGGUCUAGCUGGGCUUGGCUGUCUGGCACCAGCAGCCCUAGCUGCUUGGCAAGGGCCCAGGAAGAAGCACACCCGAGGCAGAAUGGCCCAAGGCAUCCAGAUGAGCAGAGGAAAGUCGGCAGCAAGUAGUCAUAAGCGGGGGCGGAGGAGGGGGUGGUAAAGUGCGGAGCAGGAGCACAGGGAAGGUUAAGAUGAAGGUGGGUCGACAGUCCCGCACUUCCGGAGGGCGUGGCCAUCCUGUAGCCGCGGUUAAGGUGGCAGGUGCCUAGGGUCCGUUGCCCUUCCGUCUCAACUCAAUUUCCUCUUUCGCAUCGCACCCUUUCCCUCUCCACCUGCCUCUUUCCCGGCUUUAUUGAGAUGGAGAGCUCACACAGUACUGUCCACAGUCCCAGCUAUUUCUGGUGAUAUCGAGCACACAAAGCUUAGCUUGUGCCCGCUCAAGCGUACAGGCCCCGCCCACACAAUUCGCCCGGUCUCCGUCGCCUGCAGACUGUCCCGGGAUCCCUAUAGGCAGCGUCUGGCCUUUGUCCGGCCCUCCUCCACACGCACUGGAGCAUUUGAUGUGGUCUUUCGUCCCCGGCUUCCCACAGAGAAUGUUCUGGUAAAGGCUGUGGCCACGUACCAGCCUCAUGCCCAUUGCUGAGCAUAAUUGCUGUCUGCUUGUGGUGCGGCGUCUUAACCCGCUCAUCAGGUUGAAGUCUGGGUUCAUUCUGCCAUUGUCAUGUAGCUGCUGUGUACUUCUAUAUAUUUCCUUGCAGGGUUCUCACGGCUUACGAGGAUUGACACUGUAGUGCGCGAAACUAAGUUCAACACUAAGGGAGAUGGCCGCACCCUUUUCUAAAGUGGAGAAUCUUCCUCAAAAACUAGUCUUCUAGUGGCUGGAGGAAGGAUGAAAAUAGGGACAAGGAGGUCUGGGAUUGUACAGGAGAGGGAGGAUGGCUUUCUCAAGAGACUCCUGGCGACGUGGCCCCCGGAACUCCCCGCCCGGUUUGCCGGGCUCGGCUUCUCCUCGCGGGUCCCUGGCGCCCCCUGGUGGCGAGCUCCUGGGAGGCUCCGCAGAGACACUCCCAGCGUGUUUGGGUGGAGCCGUACUUCUUUCCCCGCGCCUCCAGGGGACACUAGGGCGCAUGCGCGCCCUCCCGCCCCGCGCUACCUGCGCGGGAGCCGCCUGGGAGGUUGGUAACUAGAGGUGCUGAUUGGUGAGUUCCAAAGUCCGCGGAGCUGGCAAACCCACGGCCCCACCCAGACCCCGGAAGUGCCUGCUUACGGGACAGACUGGUAGGCAUUCAAACGCCGGUCUCUGCUCAUUGGGCCUGGAUGUAGAGGGCGGGUCCCAGCCCGAGCAGUGAUUGGUCGCUGGGUGCGGCUUGCUCGGGCGGGCGAUCCGAGGCUGCCCGGUGCUGGCUGCAUGGGGCGGCGGAGGCACCGGGUGGAAGGGGCGGCCAGGGCCCUCCCUGAGGCUAUCGCUGCGUUGAGUCGGUCCCUGCCCGCUGGACCCAGCCCUGAAAUCUUCCGCCGCGCGAAGUUUGACCGUCCAGAGGCGGCUCCAGUGCUCUGGCAGCUUCUCUUACGCGUGCUCUCACCGCUUGGUAUUGCUAACGAUACCUUGACCGACCUUGCUCCAGGUAAACCCUGCCCUCUCAGAAAGCCAUGCCCCAGGACCCUUGUUUCCACUCCCCAGUCCCCCCAACUCGGUCGACCUCGCUCGGCCCAGCUCGAGGCCCAAGCCCGUGUGGUGAAGUCAGCACUGGACUCCCAGGGCUACCCCAGGUCUGCACUGGUACAGUUUCCUGAGGGCAGUUCUCAGAGAAGCCGGGAACUGCUGCUGGCCCUGUCUUGGCUUCUGGCUCGAGGACCCUUCCUUGAGCAGCUGCUUGCCCAGACCCGUGUGCAGUUGGGUGAUCAGCUGCCCCAGUGUGAGUAUGAGGCCCUGGCCAUCCCUGGUCCUCUUGGACCCCAUGUGGAAACAGAGAGUCCGAUGGAUCUCCGACUAGUGGAAUGGCUGAUGGGAAAGCUGCGGUUUAGGUGGCGACGCCUGAUCUCCAGUCAGCAGGAGCAGUGCACCCUUCUCAGCAAGCUUCUGCAGGCGCUGGAGAGUGAGAACGUACGCCUGGGGGCGGCUCUGGAGUGGCGGCAGUGUGAGCUGGUCUUCUGGCAGUGGAUGGAUACAGUUCUGGAUGCCUGCUUGUCAGAGAGUCCUGCUGUGACCUCACAGCCCACAGUUCUGCCCAUGGUUUCUGAACAUGGGUGUGGUGAGCUGGAGUUGGUAAAACAAGAGUUGCAGGCCCUGCAGGAGGAGCUCCGGGAAGUGGCUGAGCCCCGGAGGGCGGCAUGGGAAGCCCAGGUUAGAGGCCUAGGUCAGGGGCCAGAGUGGAGCACCACAAGGAGGGCCUUGCAGGAGGCUGUCAGACAGGAGUUGGUUGCCCUGCAGGGAUCCUGGGAGCCAUCCAGUGACCCUACCCAGCCCCAGAGACCCCAUCGGCUGGUGAGAAGAAAGGAUGAGUCACCAGGACCUCAAGGCCUACAGGCAGCUGAGAUGAUCAGGACCCUGAGCACCCAGGAGGCCGGGCUGAAAAAGGCAUUGCACCAGCUACAGAGCCAAUGUCAGCAGGAGCUGGCCAGGCUGGCUGGUGCUCUGCCUGACCUGAUUUGGAUUAUGGUUCCUGGACACUGAAGGCCCCAAGAUGUGCCCAUCUGUGUAGAGGCCUUUGUAGGGUCUCAGAGGGGCAGACUGGGGCUGGCAUGGGAGCAGAGGUCCAGGCCAUGUAUUCUUUCCAGGGCCAGAGCCCUGUUGCCUACAGUUUUGGAGUCACCAUGAGCUGGUCCUCCUGAGACGUUUGGAGGGGAUAGAGUAGAGUUGUCUCUGGGGACACCAGGUUGUUGCCCUCUGCCACUGCCCUUUAACUUCCUCCUCGUCCGAGACUGGGAUGUACAUGGUGCAUGGUUGGCACCGUGUGCAUGGUUGGCACCGUGCUGGGGUCACGCGUGCUCCACAGUGCAGGAAGCAUCGGAUCUCUCCCGAGUGGGACGGCUCUCUCUCCGACUCUAGCUGUGCACCUCCUGCAGCAGAGCCUCCUCCUAUGCUGGGCCAUGGAUGUGCCUGCUGUGUGUGUGGGGAGCUGGAUGGGAGCCCUGGGGGCUCUGCCGGGCAGAAGAGGAGGGGAAGCUGCAGUGCAGACAGAAGGCCUUUGUUCUGAAGGCUGCUGGGCACUGGGCAAGCUCAGGUCUCACAAAGCAGCCUGUGUCCAGGACGUGCCCACAGCCUGGUGGGAUGGCUCUCUCCUAGCCGAGGCUUCUAGCCGGUGGGCUCAGGCAGGUCCCGUGGUUUCUAGCCCUGUCUUCCUUCCUAUCCCUAGCUCCAGACACUCACCAGACACUGGGCAGGUAGUAGGCCCUACUAGGCAACCUCUAGCCUCCUGCUAACUCAGGCCUGAGGCCACUACCCAACUCUGGGCACCCUGGACCCUCUGCUAGACCAUUCUGUCAUGGGGUUUUCCUGCUUGCCUGGUGUCGUAUGGUAAGAGUGACAACUCAUGUCUAGGGUGACAGCUCUGAUACAGGUGGCCUCUGGCCCUGAGGCAGGGCACUGUGCUGGUUUGUUCCAGUGACUGUUCCUAGCAUGCUUCUGGAGGACCAGUGUCUAACAGGUCCUUCCUAACUUUCAUGACGUAGCUCCUGGAGUCUCUGGAACCUCCUGCCUGCUGCUGGGCCUCUGCUGUCCGUCCUGCCCUGCAGCCCCUGCCCCUGCUAACACUUGCUCAGCUCCUAUUGCUGCUUCCACCUGUGGGUUCCAACUCUGGUCCAGGACACAUGGGAACUUGGCUCCUUGUGACUGUGAUGUGAGCUAUAAACAAGUCCAGUUAAGCUCCCUGCCUCUGAAAACUACCCUGCUCUAGGACUUCCAGCGGCCCCUUGGAGCUUGACCUUAAAAAAUCUAAAUGCAGCCGGGCAGUUGUGGCACACACCUUUAAUCCCAGCACUCGGGAGGCAAAGGCAGGCAGAUCUCUGUGAGUUCGAGGUUAGCUUGGUCUACAAGAGCUAGUUCCCGGGCAGCUAGGACUUACACUGAGAAACCCUGCCUCGAAAAACAAACAAAAGAGCAUGUUGGAAGCUCAACCAUGGGCCCCAUCCUUGGUCAGGUUGUCAGGACUUGUCACUUGGCAAGGACUUUAGUACCAGCUUUUCCACACAUAAUAAAAUAAUGCACAUUUGUG